GCGAUCCAAUGGGGGAGACUGGAUUUUCUGGAGAAUCGACCGGGAUGGUCUUCUCGGAGACGGAGAUGGCGGCGGCUGAACAGCUUAUGCAGCUGAGCGAGGAAGAAACGGUGAGCUGUAGCAGCAGCACCGUCGGAGAAAGUGGAGGAGGUGGCAAAAGAAGACACGAAGAUGUUAGCUCGAGGAUCGGAAACGACGGCGUAAAGGAGAAUUGUAAUCUUGCCUUGGAGAUGAAGACGAAAAUGAAGAAGAUGAAGGAAAAGAAGUUUCGAUCUCUCAAGAGUAUUUACAUGGCAACGAAGGAGAUUAGGGAUUAAUCAAUGUAAUAAAGGGGGACGGAUAAGUACAUGUUAAUUGCGUUUGUUAAUCGUUCUUAGUAACCCGUGUCAAUGGUUUUGUGUGUAUAUGUAGUGUUUAAUCUAACGUUGGAGUUUGAGAGUUGUGAUAAUAGUUUAUGAAGCUUUUGAGAUGAAAAUUGUAAUAUAU